AUGACCAGCCACGCACCCAUGCCGAAUCCAUCCAGGCCUAUUCGCCGUCCCCUUGGUAAUUCAAGCUCAAACGUCAUUCUCGAGCCCGCAUCAUCAUCUCACGGCAGCAAAUUCUCUCCCUUCAAGAACAAGACACCCAGAGCGCCGCUCAAACCCUCACACGGCCUCAACAAGUUUAACGGCAUCUCAAUGGCGCCUCCCACCGACAAGGCCCCGGUGACGGAUUCGCUGCAAAAGAAGCCGCAGCUCUCCAACUUCAAGACAGGCCUACAGAAGCCACCGCUCACGGAUCCCAACGCCUUCGGCAAGGAAAAUGUUCACCCACAGAUCUUCCCGGCACCUCCGGCUAUUAAUAUCUCAGUGGAGCAGUACUACCAGGAUCCAAGUGGGAGGAAGGGACUGAUGGAGGCGGCACCAAUCAAGGAGGCUCGAGUCAACAAGAAAUCCAAGGCCGAGGAGCAAUCACUACCACCGCACGAUUCGUUCCCACCCAUCACCGACGAUGGUACAAAACCACCUCACAGCUACGCACAACUCAUUGGAAUGGCCAUUCUACGGUCCUCAAAGCGUCGUCUCACCCUUGCUCAGAUUUACAAGUGGAUCAGCGACAACUAUUCCUUCUACAACCCCAACGACGCAGGAUGGCAAAACAGCAUUCGACAUAACCUGAGCUUGCACAAGAACUUUAUCAAGAUCGAACGACCAAAGGACGACCCCGGCAAGGGAAACUACUGGGGUAUUGAGCCCGGCACCGAGUUCCAGUUCCUCAAGGAGAAGCCAACACGCAAAUCGGUCCCAACUGCAGAGAACCUCCCCGUCAUGUCAACUCGUCUAGAGCCCUCUCGACCAACGCCAGCACUGAUGCCCGAGCCUUCACUGCCACCCCCGGCUCCUAUGCAUCAUCACCAGCCGCAGCACGCGAACAGCCUCCCCCCUCUUCCGACUUCUCAGGCGACCUUGUCCAUGCCCUUGGAGCCUUCCUCAGAUGCCACCAUCCUCGUGUCUGACAAUGCGCCUGCUGAGGACCUGGUGGAAAAGGGUCUUGACAACGAAUUGCCAUUGGAAUCGUCCUUCUUCUCGCCUCUACCUGCAGCUUUACACUCAACUCCACCUGUACCUCGACCAGAGCGACGAAAUGGCACACCACCUCCUAUGAGCCGCAAUCCUGCCUCGUCUGUGACUAGGACUCACAAGCGCAAGUUCGCUUCCAUGGAUGACAGCGGCUACAUCUCCUCUCUCGAGUCAUCUGCCAUGCGCCCGAACGCAACCAGGUCAGCUUUCUUCACAUCUGAGGCUGACCGGCACCGAAUCAAGCGCGGCCGCGCCGAGGAGGAGAUUGCACGGCUCAGGGGAUCUUCUCCUUUUAGCCCGACUAAGAGCCGUUCAUUUUCCAACUAUGGACUCAAUUCAUCGUCUCCUUUCCGACAGUCCCACGACAACCAGAUGCCACCUCCUCUCACUCCCAUCGUUAAGAAGGCCAAGGCCAUCGUGCAGCCGCCACCCUCAGUUUCUCCCAACACGAAUCUACGCAUCCACCGCGCCAAGGUCCGCCACUUGCUGCAAUCUCCCCUGCGACGAGUAGCCAACCUUUCCAAUGAUGACAGCCUGCCGUGGAGUCCUGCCUUCCGCCUUGAUGAUAACCUCUUCAGCUUUGACACCCCCAACGCCAGCCAUAUUCCCGACUUUGACAUCUUCCAAGAUCUACCGGUGGAUGAUGAGAAUGUUUUCGAUAGCAUCGGCUGUGCAGAUGCUGGCUCACCCAUCAAGCGCUCUGUCAAGCGCGCUCGCCUAGAUCGAUCUAUUUCCUCAUCAGCCAUUGGAGACUUGUCAGCUUCCAAGAAGAUUGUCUCAUCGGCGCCUUUGCUCAAGGCCCCUGAUACACCUUCACAGUUUCUGGAAACGCCAAGCAAAGCCUUUGAGGGCCUCGGCUCCCCGUCCAAGCUCUUUCAAGGAUCGCCCAUCAGGGGUGCAUCCCCGAGCAAGUUUGUCUCCUUAAUAGAGCUUCCAGGAGACGGGGACUGGCCAUCUCUCCACAUCGACCCCAACGACUUUGCUUCAGGGGCUGGUGUGGAUGGCUCAGACUUUACCGGCCUUGAUAUCCUUCAGGGGUUCGAGAAGAUCGGAUCUGGCUCACAGCCCUCUAGAGGCCUGAAACAGAGCGGGAAACCUACUUUGGGUCGAAGCUUUUCAACCACCUUUUAG